GUCGUCGUCGUGUUGUCGUCGUCAAUCGUCAAUCGUCAAUUCGUCAUAUAAAAACUAAAAACUUAGCUUAGGUUAUGUUCUUGUAUUCAAAUUUAAACAAACCCUAUCUCAUCUAUUAAGUUAAGUGACCGGUAAUGAAUUCGUUUUGCGUGUAAUACAUAGUUUUAUAAUCGAAAAAUGAAAUGAUGACUUGAAACUUUUAAAAUUAGUAUUGUAGGCACCCAUAUCAAUAGGCCUACUUCAAUCACAAUGUCUUUGUUAAAUCCACCGAAAUUGUUGUUGGGUAGAUGCAUAUUGCCAUCUACUCACCUAAAGGAUGUUUUCAAGUGGUGCAGUAUUCCAAUUAAACUGUCUGAGAAACUAUGCACUACUGCAAGAGCCGAAGAGCAAGAUGUAAUUGACAAUAUAUUUCCUGAUGUUAAAGGAACAGCACAACCAAUCCCAAAAAAUUAUUUCAAAAAGUCAAAAAAUUUGAGGUCUGGCAAAUUUGAAAACGACCCUAAAAAUAAUAGUCCAGGUGAACUUGCAAACAACUCUAAUAAGCAUGCAAUCAUAGAAUGUAAACACAAGCGUUUAAAUCACUACAUUAAUCAGAAGUAUGACAAGCUUGCUGCCAUACCUCUGGCAUCCAAGGGAUGGUUUAACAAAGAAGCGAGAGGAGACUAUUUUAAAAUAAAUAUUCUACCUGAGGACAAAAGAAAUGACGUUUUCUGGUUCGAUGGAAUCGAUUCUUUUGGCUGUUUGGGGUUGGAUAAGAACAUUGUUGAAACUUUAGAGAAACUUGGGUUUAGUAAACCCACUUAUAUUCAAGCGUUUGGUAUCCCGGAGGUGUUGAACAACCAGAACACGCUGUUAGCCGGAGAGACGGGAUGUGGAAAGACAUUAGCCUACUUGAUACCCCUUGUGCAGGAGAUCAUGCGAUGGAGGACCUUCACACCUAACCGUAAACUCAAUUGUCCCUUGGCCAUCGUGCUGGUUCCUGGCAAGGAACUUACCUUUCAGAUAGCGGAUGUAGCGGAUCGUCUAGCCAAGGAGCUCCUGUUUGACAUUGAGGUCGCCGUUGGUGGCCACACUAAGAGGAUGAUAUCACAUCCCAAUUUCAGACCUGUGGAUCUUUUCGUCUGUUCUAUAGGGGCUGCACGGAAACUUACAGCUGCCGGUAUAUUCAACAUGUCCUAUGUGCGCCAUGUGGUACUUGAUGAAGCCGAUACCUGCCUAGAUGACAGUUUUAAUGAAAGUCUUGUCAAUUAUCUAAAGUAUUUUCCUAUUUCCUUCGGAAAACACCCAGGAGAUGAAGUGAAUAGAUUACCUCAGUUCAGUAAGCUGACCUUAGCCAGUGCUACAAUGCCCACCAGCAUAGCCCCGAUAUUGGGCAAGAUAAUACAACCAGAGUCGCUGGUCACUGUUGAGUCCCCCAGACUGCACCAAGUGUUGGUCCAUGUCCCUCAGAUCUUCCACAGACUGGGACAGUCACAGAAACCUCCAAAACUGUUGGAGCUCGCUAAGAAAAACGCUAAACAAGGGAGACCAACAAUCAUUUUUAGUAACCGCUCUAAAGUGUCUGACUGGGUGUCCAUGUUCCUCAAUGAGAAUGGAAUCAGCUGUGUGAAUCUUAAUGGAGACAUGCCUGUAGACAUUCGAGCUGGCCGCUUCGACCAGUUCCAACGAGGAUUUGUCGACUUCCUGUCAUGCACAGAUAUGGUUUCUCGUGGGCUGGACACCAUCAGGGCAAAACAUGUGCUCAACUAUGACUUCCCAGUGUACAUGGCAGACUACAUUCACCGCUGUGGCAGAGUGGGUAGAGUGGGACACAUUGACAACUGUAUGAUUACCAACUUUGUAGCUAGCGACUCUGAGAUUGAACUUGUCCGAAAAAUUGAGACUGCAGUGAGAACCAUGAAAGUUCUGCCCAAUGUGAAUGCAAACAUUACAAGGGUAAUUCACCAUAAAAUAAUGAAGAACACACUACCAAAGUAAUAUGUCACGGAGUUUUUUUCUUUGGCACAAGAACUGUGUUUGGAACUACGAUCAGUUCUUGCCUGGAGUGAAGUGAUUGAACUUGAUACUUGCGCAGAAUUGCUGACAAAACGGUUUUCUCUGCCAGCA